AUUCAUGGUCAAUCGACUUUCUGCCUUCUCUUCUCACAACUAAACAGCAUAACUAGACAGACCAGGUUACUGCAGCCAUGUCUCACCUUACCUACACUGCCUACGAAGGCUAUGGCGAGCGCGCCAAGAAGGACCUCUGGUACAGUCAAGCCGUCCGUGUCGGAGACAUCAUCGAAUGUUCUGGCCAAGGCGGCUGGGACCGAGAGACAGAGAAAAUCGACCCGAAUGUGGUGAUUCAGAUAGAGAAAGCCUUCGACAACGUGGAAGCUACUUUGAAGGCAGCAGGCAGUCGGGGCUGGGAGGAUGUUUUCUUCCUAAGGUCACACCACCUGCCCCUCAACAACGAGGCACUUGAGGCAAUGGUUCGCUGCCUCAAGGAGUAUUGCCCAAAUCAUCAGCCGGCCUGGACAGCCUUGGGAGUUCCUCGCUUGGCUCUGGACGAUAUGCGAGUGGAGAUCGAAGUGCGGGCGCAUGUCCCCAAAGACCGAGAAGAGAAAUAAAUUUGGUGGUUGGGGAUACUCUAGAUAGAUCGCAAAACUGAGUAUCAUAUCGCCUGGUGCGGAGCUUACAACACGCAGAAUCCGCCAUGGAUGUCAUUUCCAGGUCUCUUGGUCUCCAAGCUUACUAUUGUUGGGCAUAUGGGUAGAGAGCCCCCCUCAGAUGUAUGAUUGAUACUCCUUUCGGAAAGAGACAUUGACAAGACUCACCGCUCAACUUGUAAUAGAUAUCACAACUAUGGCCGAUGAAGAAACAGAAAUCUUAUGUGCUCAUUACUGAUGUAUCUUGUUUUAACGUCUUUCACAAGUGAUUUCGUUGCCA